UAAUCUUGGCGUUUUGUGAUGAUCAAAAAUGUAAUCGACAAAAGGAUACGAAACGUUUAGAAAUCCGCUCCCAUUGUUAGGGACGCCAUUUCCUUUUCAAAUUCCUGCUCCUUGGUGUGCCAACCAACUUUUCUUGAAUUUUUAUCAAAUGCUAUUGUUCCUCAAAUGCGCGAAAGCUAAAUGCAUGUUUGCCGGUCCAGCCUUCAAUUAUUCCGUUUUUCGUUCACUAUCAUUUCAGAUUGUGCGGCCCCUCAGCGCGUUCCUCAUCGUGGAUGUUCAGAACGAUUUCAUCAGCGGCUCCCUGAACAUCAGCAACUGCAGUGCCCAACAGAACGGUCUUGAGGUGAUUGAACCGAUCAACAAACUGCUGGAUACGGUCGAUUUCGAUGCGGUGUUCUACUCGCUGGAUUGGCACCCGAGCGAUCACGUUUCCUUCAUCGACAACAUCAAGCAGCGUCCGAUACAUCCGACAAGCCCGCUGAACGCUGACAACGCCCAAGUCUACGAUACGGUGAUCUUCGCUGGACCUCCCCCGAUGAAGCAGCGGCUCUGGCCGCGGCACUGUGUCCAGGAUUCUUGGGGCUCGGAACUGCACAAGGAUUUGAAGAUCGUGGACCAGGGCAUUAAAGUGUACAAAGGCACCAAUCCGGAGGUGGACUCCUAUUCGGUGUUCUGGGACAACAAGAAGCUCUCCGACACCACGCUCUGCGGCCAGCUGCGGCUCAAGGGUUCGACCGAUAUCUACGUGUGUGGGCUGGCCUACGAUGUGUGUGUGGGUGCAACCGCCAUCGAUGCUCUCUCGGCUGGCUAUCGGACCAUCCUGAUCGACGAUUGUUGCCGGGGGGUGGACGUGAAUGACAUUGAAUCUACCAAGGAGACGGUAAUAUCCAGCAAUGGGGUGAUCAUCAAUUCGCGAGAGGUCAAGGCGAUGGUCGAGGGCCGGGACCGGCGGCCGGAACUCGGCUAUAAGCUGGCCAUGGAGCUGAAAAAUGCCGACUCGGAUCUGUCCAAGAAUAAUGCCGUCCGGCGACAGUCACAACCGCAGCAGGACAGACCGCAGCAGUAAAAAGAUAUGACAGCAGCCGGCAGUGUCGUCACAUUCCCAAAACAGCCCCCGGAGCUCUCUUCCGCUCUCUGUUUUCCUUUAACUGUCUCUCUCGCUGGUCACCCAGUUCUGUUUCCGGUUAGUCGGAAUCCAGCUGCUGGACACACUCGCACUUACAGAUGGAAAAAAAAGCCCACACUCGCACACAGCAUCACGCUCAGCAACGGAAUGAGAAAUGUUCCGUAAUUAAUUUUGGGCGCGGAUCGUUUUAAUUUUUAUUUGCUUUCCGCGAAGUUCCGCCAGUUUUUUUUUUGCUUUCUGAUAGGUACUCGAAUCGAAUGAGCUUUACUGAGGAAAAAAGUUCCGGUCCGUAGAUUCCGGUUUACUUAUUGAGUUACUUAUUGUAAUUUUUUUUUUAUAAUUUCUAUCUUAGGCGCUAGCUGUUUAUAGCUCGAAACAAAAGCUGAAAAGACAAAUAAUUAUUUCUUAUUAAGUGAACAGUUAUUUCACAAGCAAAGCUGUAAGAUGUUGGUUUAUUAUAAAAUAACUUAAUCUAAGAAUAGUUUGUGUUUAAGGCUAAGAAUAGUUUUUUUUUUGCCUAUAAUAUUUAUCUUCUAUAUUCAAAAUUUACAAGUUGACCUUGGAACUGUUAAAUAAGGGAUAUUCAGAAUUUUUUUUAACAAAGGAAUCAAAUUUCUAGAACAAUUUUCAGUGCAAAGCUAUGCAUUCGAAAUGUAGAUUUGGAUUAUGAAUUUUGAAUUCGAAUUUUGAUACAAAUGUCGAAAUCAAUUGACUCAAAGGUAAAUUUUUGAAAUUUUUAGCUUCAAGUUUCGAAUUUUAAGGUUCAAUAUUAGACUUUCACUCUGUGGCCAUUCCACAUAGGCCAUUUGUCAAAUUUUGAUUUUCACUAUUUAAUACGAGAUAAAUAGUCAAGUGACAUGUCUACAAGUUUGAUAUAUGGUGAAGAAUUCUUUCAACUGAAUUUUGACGAAAAAAAUUCAUUCAACUGCUUCGAACGGUGACACAUUUUCAUUUUAACAUAAUUUGCUUUGUUUUAAUAAUCAUGGGGUUAAUCAGGACAUGUUCAUAAAAGUGUUUAAAAUCCCUCGAGAUUGUGGAAAGCGAUGGGGUACUGAAGAAAACUUACUUCUAAGAUGAUUCUAGAAGAAUAGGGUUCUUAGCUUUCGCAGGAAGUUUAAAAAUAAAAAUAAAAAAAACGAGAUUUUUUGUUCCUGGAGUUAGGCACCACCAUCAACAUUUCUUCGAAUGAAGUUUGGGCGAUAAAAAAAGAUGAAUACUGGGGAUUGAAAAAAUCCAAAAAUAUCUGCAAAGCGAAAAAAUAUUCACUGAUUUGCGUUUACAAUGAUGGAAGUUGAAAUGAACGUUCAGAUCAACAUAAAAAACGAAAAACAAAGAAAUAAAAAAAAAUCAAAUAUUACAUCGUAUGAAAACUUCAAAGCAGCAGAAAUAAAUCAAAAUUUCAAAUUGUGUGAUAUUUUUGCAAAGAUUUAAUUCUAAUUUCGAAAUAAUUCAAUCUGCAAAGAUCUUCAAGAUCUUCAAGAUCUUCAAUUUUCAAUUCUUUAUCUUGAAUGUUGAGUUUGUCAUUUCCAAUUUCGAAAAGCAAAUUUUGAAAUUCAAAUCUAAUAUUUUGUACUGCGGAGUACAAACUCGAAAAGUAAAUUUUUUGUUUAAAAAUUGAUUUCAAACAGAUCAUAAACCUUAAAAAAAGAUAGUACAUCAAAAGAGAAAAAGAUAACAAAUCCAGAAAAUGGGAAAUAGAAGCUUAUAAAAAAAAAAAACAGAAAAUAAAAAAACCAAAUAAUAAAAAAAACUUUAUCACUCAAAAAUUGAAAAAUAAGAUAAUAAAAAGAGAUGUAAAAUAAGGAAACCAAAAUUUAAGAUAACAAAUUCCCCAUUCGACUUUUCAUAUUUUCGUGUUUAAAAUUCUCUUGAUUUUUUUUUAAUUUAUGACUUUGACUUUUGAUUGUGAUUUGCGAAACCUUCAACUCUAUCUUUUAUUAUUCUAAUUCAAAUAGCCCAUACUUUGAAGUUCGAAUUUUUCAAAUCAAUUUCAAACUAAAUUUUAACUUAAAAUUAUAUUAGAAAAGCCGGGAUUCUGAAACAUGAAAAAAACAGUAACUAAGCGUCAACUUGUAUUUUGUACCCUAAUCACAUUCCCACACAUCACCUCACAAUUAUAUCAGUUGUUUCUCAAUUCCUCUUUAUCCAAUAGGUUCUCUCUUGCCUGUAGGGUAUUUUAAGAGCUAAACAAACAUUUGAUUUGCUUUAUCCAUGAUAUUUUUUCUUUAACAAAAAUAAACACACUAGUUCUUGCAUAGAGAUAUCGAACAUGGUUGAUGAUAGCACUAGAAAAAUUGAAUUUAAGUAAAAAAACUUAUAAAAUUAUUAAAGUAAAAAAAAAAAAAACAAAACAAAUACUGGUGAUAGCAUUUCAGAAUGUACUUAACGUUGUGACAAAUGAUGAACAUUUCCGUUUUUGACAGCAAGCAAAUGAAAAAAAAAUUGAAAAAAUCAAACGAAAAGUUUGUUAUAAGAAGCCGAAAAAAAACGUAGCUUUCUAAAACAAAAAAAAAAUAUUGUAAUACAGAGACCGAAAACCUAGAAAAACGAAAAAAUGACACAAA